AUGCAUCAGCACAUUUUAAAAAAAGGCAUUCUUUAGUCGGUACUACCUUUUUAGAAGUAAUAGGGGAAAGGGGGGUAAAACGUACCACUGUUUAAUUCGUACCACCGAAAAUUUUCAUAUUUAGAAAUGGUCUUUAAAAAUAAAAAACCUGGCAUAUUGACCUACAACUAUAGCGUCAUCAUUCAUGUUAAUUUUAUGGAGCUUAAUCAAAAGACACCAAAACGGGGCAGAGCUUCAACCUGGUCCCCGGAGGAUCUUCAGAAAGCCUUAGAGGCAUUGAGGAAUAAAUAUGGUCUCAAUGAAGUGUCUAGACUUUACGGUAUACCUAAACCAACUCUAAAAAGACACUUAGAUGGAAAAAACAAGUUUGCGAAUGGGAAUGUAGUACAAAGAGGUAGAAUGACAGUUCUCCCAGCAGAGCUUGAGAAUGAACUUGUCAGUCACAUCAAUCAACUGGAAGGAAUGCUGUUCGGCCUGACCAGAAACGAUAUAAGAUGUCUUGCAUACCAAAUAGCAGAAAAAAAUGGCUUGUCUCACAGAUUUAAUAAAACAGAAGGAAUGGCAGGAAAAGACUGGUUUAGAGAUUUUAAGAAACGUCACAAUCUGAGCUUGCGACAACCUGAAGCAACAUCUCUUGCGCGUAGUACCAGUUUUAACAAGAUAGCUGUUAACAGAUUUUUUGACAAACUUGAAAGCAUCAUUACAGAAAAUAAAUUAGAUGCUCUUAGGAUCUUCAAUACCGAUGAAACAGCGCUCUCAACUGUCCAGAAAAAACAGCAAAAAGUGGUGAGCUUGACAGGAAGGCAUCAGGUGGGGAAGUUGACCAGUGCAGAAAGAGGUCUUACCACCACAGCAAUAUUUUGCGCUAAUGCAGCAGGAAAUGCUAUUCCACCUAUGCUUGUCUACAAGCGAAAACGAAUGAAGGGCGAACUUUUAGAUGGUGCUCCUCCAGGAACAAUCGCUGUAUGCAAUGAAAGUGGCUGGAUGACUGCAGAUAGCUUUUCAGAAUGGAUGGAUCAUUUUAUAAACAGUGUAAAACCAUCAAAAGAAAAGCCUGUUCUUCUUAUCUUGGAUGGACAUACCUCUCACAGCAAAAAUUUGCAAGCCAUCACUGCUGCAAGUAACUCUUGUGUUAUUAUGCUCAGCUUGCCCCCUCAUACUACACAUAAGCUUCAACCUUUGGAUGUCUCGUUUUUUAAGCCCCUGCAAAGCUGUUAUGUACAAGAGUCAGAUAAGUGGCUUUUUAAUCAUCCAGGUAGAGGAAUUACUGUCUUUCAGGUGGCUACCAUCUUAGGUAGAGCAUACCCAAGAGCAGCUUCGGUCGCAAAUUUUGCUAAUGGUUUUUUGAAAUGUGGCAUAUGGCCUUGCAAUCGACAUAUAUUCACUGAAAGUGAUUUUGAAACCUCCAUUUGCUCAGUUAUAAAUAUUCCAGUAGAACCCAUCCCUUCAACCUCAAAUUCCCAACAUGAUCAGUUGUUAGUGCAGUCAUCAUCAGACUCCUCAACAAUAGUUGCAACAUCCCCACUCACUUCAUCAAAUGAACCACGAUUUGGUGCAACUGCUCAAAGCUCCAUAAAUUCAAAUUAUUCUCACCUAGAACUUUCUAUAUCUGCGUACAAUGCAAUUCCAACAGAGCCUGACGGCUGAUGCUUUUUUAGAAGCAUUUGCAUUUCAUUACAUGAACAUCCCCAGCUAACUGACAGAGAUUCAAGUGGAGUUGUAUGUAGCCUGCAAGUUAAAAUACAAGAAAAGGCAUUGGCAGACUCUUAGAGCACAAGUUGUUGACUAUAUUUGUAAAAACAUUGAGCAUUAUACUGACCUUGAUGCAGCAACAUUGUGUGCUGACAUGCCACAUGCAAAAUUUGACAAUAUUUUUGAAAGGCUAGAUAGUAUUUCUAGACCAAAUACUAUGGUUGGCGAGCUAGAGAUAAUAGCAACUACGAAGCUGCUCAGAAAGCCAAUUGUCAUUAUGAAUGCAACUAGUAAUGUUGUUUUAAAAUAUGGCAUGAAUGAUUUUCCUUCCUCCCCUGCAGUAGUUAUUCGAUUUACAAAUAUUGGAGAUGAUGUAGGCCAUUAUGAUUGCUUAAUUCCUUCUCGGCAAUCAAAGUCUUAAUACAUCCCUGUAACUGCAAUCUCUCCUAUCCCAGUAAAAGAAAAACCCCAUGUUAAACAGAAAAAAAAAAUCUUUUCAAUCUGAAAUUUUAACUUCCAGUUCCUAUAAAAAAAAUUCUUGUGGAUGCUGCAAUUGCAAAAAAAAAGUAAAAAACAACAAACUCAAAUUAUUCCUGCAACACAAAAGAAAAAAAAAAAGUAAAAUUUCUAUUCAGUUUGGUCAGAAUGAGAGUGAGAAAAGUCAAAAUUGGUAUUGUUUUAUAUGCGAAGAAAACCUUAAAGAAGAUAUGAUACAAUGUUUAAUAUGUGCUUCUUGGGUGCAUAUUGCAUGUGCAGGUUGUGAAAAUGCUGAUACUUAUACUUGUGAGUUAUGUUUGUGAAUCUUUCUACAUUGUUAUAUAUAUAUAUAGUUGGUACUUAUUACCCUCCAUGCUGGUACUAUUUAGACUCUUGGGAGGGUAAAUAGUACUCUUUUUUUUUUGUUUUGUAUUUUUCUAUUUUAAUAUAAAUAACUCAGUCUUUAAACCGUGUACAUUUGUAGUAUGUGUUGUUGUAAAGCUAUGACAUAAAAAAUAAACAUUCUUUUUGCCAAA